GUUGUGGCAGCAGUGGUUGAUUAUACGCACAUUAUGUCGCUGUUCGAAAAUGAUCGACAUUUCUCGCAUUUGGCCGAUUUUGAGCGCGAAAUGGCAUAUCGCACCGAAAUGGUUAGCGCAUUUAUGGGCCAAUUUUUUCAAAUUAAAGCUGGUGGAGAGUUGGGAGCAGAAUAAGCGGAAUUUAUUAGCGCAGAGGGGAGAGGACCCAGUCGUAGAUUUGCUCAGAACAUGA